AUGCCUGAGUAUUGGCCUGAUGGAACGGAAGCUUGGGCUGGAGUCUACGAGGAUCGUCUUCAAACAUUUUUGAAGACGGAUGUUGGAAAGUUGGCGGAGCGGAGAUUUUUGGGUCAACUAUGCGGCGAGGAAGAAUUUGCUUUUGAUGCUAUCUAUUGGCAAAAGCUUGAUCCUCGCUUCUUUGGUCCCACUGGAUCGCCAGAUGAGGCUUGGAGUGAAAGACUGAAGCUACUGGAUGAGAAAGAUUUGGAGUCUAUGGAGGCUCUGGUGCAGAUAAAAAUGAAACUUAUGGAGGAAAGGGAAUUGUGCUGGGAUCCUUACGAGUAG